UCAUUGAGACACGCUACAGAAUGAUGCGCCUCCAGUAUCUGUCUCCGUGUCGAAGGCAAAACACUGAAAAAGUGAAAAUUCAUUUCGUGGAGGAAAAUGACGGCGCUCAGUACAGAUGGAUUGCUCUUUGAGUCAAAGGAUCUCUUCAUUCCGGACAACAAGGAGCUCAAGGAAGCUCUUACAAUUGGCCUUAAGAAGAACUUCCAGGAGGUCUCUGUGGAUUUUGUAGAGUGUCCAGAUCUCUUUGGAGCGCCCUUCAAUCUUGCUAGCUCAGGACUCUGUGGGAAUGCCACAAUUGUUGAAUACGGUGGAGCCCCAUACCUCCUACCGCUCGUGCAGAGGGACAAACUCUAUGAUUUAAAUGAGAUAUGCCUGAAAAUUUGCCGUGAGCGUCAAAUGAGCCAGUACUUGGCAGUAGGAGCUGGGGCUGGUCCCUAUGUCUUGUGCAAUUCCAAUUGCGAGGGAAUCUUCAAUUUAGCCGGAGGGCUCGAUGGGAAAAUCGUGUCAAAGAGUCAUUUAGCUCUCGUUGACAAGGAUAAGCAAUGCGAGAGAAGAAAUAUUCCAGCUUCGGAGACAAGGACAGCUCUUUUGGGGAAUAUCUAUUUGUCCGAAGGGAAAACUGGUCAGGUCUUGAAGAUUCAUUGCAAAAAACGUACAGGGAACAACAAUUUUAUAACGCAAAUCAGGGAAAGUUUGGCCAGUCACUUUGUGGAUAAGGAUAUUGGACUCGGAGGGACAUUUUUGCUGAAAAACGGAAAGGCCCAUCAGCACGUUAUGCAGGAUUUCUCCGUGACUCCCAUCUACACGGAGGAGGAACUCAACACCUGGCUCAAAUUCUACGAUAUGCCUGCCCCAUUGGUGGCUGUUGGGACACUCGUAACGAAUGAAAUGGACUUGGAUUUGCGCCUCCAGCACUUCCACAGCUUCUCACCAUCGCACUGGGGUGGACACUAUCACUACGACACUACUCCGGAUACGGUGGAGUACGAAGGAUACUUCGGGAUUGGGGAGAAGCUCUAUCGCAUUGAUAAGCCGAAAGAAACCCACAAAUUCGGCCGGGACUGAGGCCAAACGCACACAAAAAAGUCCUUCAUUUAGUAGUUUUUAAUACAUUUUAAUAAAUUUUUAUACAAAAGAAAAAAAAGGAAAUAAAAUUAUUUUAUUUCA